AUGCUUCUCAGCCAUUCACUCUCAGUGGCAAUCCUGGGAGGGCUUAGUAUUUUACCUACAGCUUGCUCUUCUCCUUUACUUUCAGGUUCAGAACACUCCACGGCCAACAACAGAAUCUCAUUCGGUCACUCUUCUAGUAUCACACUUGCCCUAAACACGGACUUCCCGGACCCGGCUUUUGUGCAGCAUACGGACGGAUCAUGGUACGCCUUUGGCACCAAUGGAAAUGGCAGAAGAAUCCAAGUAGCUUAUUCAGCCGACUUUGUUUCCUGGAGUUUGUUGAAUGUUGAGGCACUGCCUACGUUGGCGGGAUGGGAGGCUGAGCCGGACCAUUGGGCUCCUGAUGUCUUCCGAAGGUCUGAUGGUAACUACGUCAUGUACUACUCGGCCAUCGUCUCAUCCAGCCCCAACCGCCACUGCAUCGGCGUCGCAAUAGCCGACAGCAUCAACCCAGCGGGUCCUUACACUCCAAUCUCCACCAACCCAAUCGCAUGCCCACUCGAACGUGGUGGCGCCAUCGACGCCAGCAGUUUCCAAGACUCGGACGGCACGCGCUAUAUCCUCUACAAAGUGGACGGAAACAGUGUCGGCCACGGCGGGGAGUGUAACAAUAGCGUUGAACCAAUUGCCGCAACGCCAAUUAUGCUGCAAAGAGUUUCGGAAGAUGGGAUUACGCCUAUUGGCGACGCUAUCCAGCUGAUUGAUCGUGAUGCAUCGGAUGGCCCCCUGGUAGAAGCGCCUUCGUUGGUUUGGGCGGGUGACGGGACGUAUUUGUUGUUUUAUUCGACGCAUUGCUUUACGGAUGUCAAGUAUGACGUGCGUGUUGCCACUGCUUCGAGUAUCACGGGGCCGUACAGUAAGAAUGGCAUUUCGAUAUUGGCGUCGAAUAAUCAGCUGUAUGGACCCGGUGGUGCGACGGUUUCGAAUGAGGGGAAUAUGUUGUUUCAUGGGUGGUGUAAUGGGAAUACUAUGAGGUGCAUGUAUGCUGCUCAUAUGGAAGUUAGUGGAGGAAGUCCUUUCGUCGAAUAG